AGUCGAGCAAGGACUUGAAAUGGAGGUGUUUACAACUGGGCUACCGACCUAACCCCAGAUUUUUUGUUUCCAACCGCCGUAAAGGAAGAUCUAUUUUUCUUCAAUGGCGGAGAAACUCGAUGAAACCCAAAGAAAACCAGUAAUUCCUGCAUAUGUAAAAGCUUUAUCUGGUUCACUCGGUGGAAUUGUGGAAGCGUCAUGUCUCCAACCCAUCGAUGUCAUCAAGACCCGCUUACAACUCGAUCGAACUGCUUCAUACAAGGGUAUUCUCCACUGCGGCACUACCACUGUCAAAAAUGAAGGCGUGCGUGCUCUUUGGAAGGGUUUGACACCCUUUGCCACCCACUUGACCUUGAAAUACGCCCUACGGAUGGGCUCCAAUGCCGUCUUUCAAUCGGCGUUGAAGGAUGCUAACACCGGAAAGAUUAGCGAUGGAGGGAGGUUUGUUUCUGGGUUUGGUGCUGGUGUCAUUGAAGCUCUUGUUAUUGUUACCCCAUUUGAGGUGGUAAAAAUAAGACUGCAGCAACAAAAGGGACUGAGCCAUGAGCUACUAAAGUACAAGGGUCCCAUCCAUUGUGCUGGUUUGAUCAUCCGCGAAGAAGGCUUACUUGGGCUAUGGGCAGGGGCGGCCCCAACUGUUAUGCGUAACGGCACAAACCAAGCAGUCAUGUUCACAGCCAAGAACACUUUUGAUGGCCUAUUAUGGAGGAAACACGAAGGUGAUGGAAAAGUUCUCCAACCAUGGCAGUCUAUGAUUUCUGGAUUCCUAGCCGGAACCGCUGGUCCAGUCUGUACGGGUCCUUUUGAUGUUGUGAAAACGAGGUUAAUGGCGCAAAGUCGGAGUGGUAAGUAUUAUAAAGGUAUGUUUCAUGCAAUCUCGACAAUAUAUGCAGAAGAAGGGGUACUUGCAUUGUGGAAAGGUCUGCUUCCACGUUUAAUGCGUAUCCCACCUGGGCAGGCUAUUAUGUGGGGCGUAGCGGACCAAUUGAUCGGGUUUUAUGAGAAGAAAUACAUUCACAAUAUACCCUUCCAAGCAUGAUUUUGAUUAUCAUUCUAACCGCAUGAUGCUUUUCAGAUUAUGCAUCAUUGCUGCAGUUUGGAUGACAUAGGAUUUUCAUCAGUUGUUAACAGUAAUAUGCAAAUUAUUAUUUGGACUUGAGAUGAAUAAUGAAUGAUUGGGUCUUUUCUUUUGC